AUAACACAUUGUGGAGACAACUCCCAUUGUCACAGGCAUAAAAGAGCCGGGCUGGGGGAAAGGAGCACGCAUUCCUGCUUCAGGAUCACAAACCGCAGCUCGGUUCAGGUCCCUGGCAUUUCUCCCCAUGGCGACUUACAGCUUCAGGCAAACCUCCUCCGUGGCUGGGGGGCCGGGCGGCCGCUCGCUCCGUUUGGGGGGGGGGUCCUUCAGGGCUCCGAGCAUCCAUGGGGGAUCCGGUGGCAGGGGUGUGUCAGUGUCUUCCGCCAGAUUUGUCUCUUCUGGCCUAGGAAGCGGCCUGGGCGGUGGAUAUGGAGGCGCCUUCAGCAGCGGCUUUGGUGCGGGCUUCGGGGGGGGCUGGGGCUCUGGGGAUGGUCUGCUGUCAGGGAAUGAAAAGACGACGAUGCAAAACCUGAACGACCGCCUCGCGUCCUACCUGGACAAAGUGCGUGCGCUGGAAGAGGCCAACGCAGAGCUUGAAACUAAGAUCCGUGAAUGGUACCUAAAACAAGGACCGGGCCCUGCCCGAGACUACAGCCCUUAUUACAAGGCUAUUGAAGACCUCCGAGACCAGAUCCUUGCUGCCACUAUUGACAACUCCAAGGUCGUCCUGCAGAUUGACAACGCCAGGCUGGCUGCUGACGACUUCAGGACCAAGUUUGAGACGGAGCAGGCCCUGCGCCUGAGCGUGGAGGCCGACAUCAACGGGCUGCGCAGGGUGCUGGACGAGCUGACCCUGUCCAGGGCCGACCUGGAGAUGCAGAUCGAGAGCCUGAAGGAGGAGCUGGCCUACCUGAAGAAGAACCACGAGGAGGAAAUGAGUGCCCUGGGAGGACAGGUAGCUGGCCAAGUCAGUGUAGAAGUGGACUCUGCUCCAGGCAUUGACCUGUCCAAGAUCCUGGCUGAUAUGAGAGACCAGUAUGAACAAAUGGCGGAGAAGAACAGGAAGGAUGCUGAGGCCUGGUUCCACAGUAAGACUGAAGAGCUGAACCGUGAGGUGGCCAUCAAUACUGAGCAGCUGCAGAGCAGCAAGUCUGAGGUCACCGACCUGAGACGCACCCUGCAAGGCCUGGAGAUAGAGCUGCAGUCCCAGCUCAGCAUGAAAGGCGCGCUGGAGAGCAGCCUGGCAGACACGGAAGGGCGCUACAGCGCACAGCUGGCGCAGAUCCAGGCCAUGAUUGGCAGCAUUGAGGCGCAGCUGGCUGAGCUCCGAGCUGAUCUGGAGCGCCAGAACAACGAAUACAAGAUGCUCAUGGAUAUCAAGACCCGGCUGGAGCAGGAGAUCGCGACGUACCGGCAGCUCCUGGAGGGUCAGGAGUCCCAGUUGUUUGGCUCCCUUUCUGGAUCUCCCGACAAGAGAGACAAGCUGGCAGAUGGAAAAUAGUAUGAAAGUCCCACAAAUGUCAUCUUCAGGAUGAAGAGAAAAAAGGGAAUUAAAAUGCAGAGAAAUCACACUAAACUGCUGGAAAUUAACUGCACAGAAAAUCCUUGUCUACACCAAGCUUAAGUAGAUUGGUUCAUUUAGCAGUGAUUAAUUUGCAGACUAGGUUAGGUUUUUAAUUACUUCUUUCUUGUGCUGUAUCUGCUCCAAUAAAGAUGAUCCUGCACUCUCA